AUGUCUUUCAACCUUGAUGGCCGGCCAUAUACUCUCCAAAGCAUCCCCGGGAAAGGGAAAGGUCUGCUUGCGAGCCGGAAGAUAGUGCCCGGGGAGCUCAUCAUCAACGAGCCUGCUCUGUUUACCACAGAGAGUCUACAGAACGCCGAGACGAUAGAGAAAGAUCUAGGAACCAUCGUUAAAGCACUACCCAAGGAAGGCCAGCGAGCCUUCUUGUCUCUGCACAACAACUUCCCAGGCUCGAAUCCUUUCAGCAACAUUAUCAGAUCGAAUGGAUAUCCUCUCGGCCCAAGCAGUGAUAUCGGGGGCAUAUUUCCGGAGACAGCUAGGAUCAAUCAUUCUUGCCGGCCGAAUGCACAGCACGCUUGGAAUGAGAAGCUGGCCGGGAUGAUGGUGCAUGCUGUUCGAGAGAUUAAGGAAGGCGAAGAGCUGACUUUGAGCUAUAUCGUUGGUGGACCUUCCGAAGAGCGUAAGAGCAAUCUCAAGAACUUCUUCAACUUCGAUUGCCAUUGUGAGCUUUGCGACCUACCGACAGACGAGCGGGCGAAGAGCGAUGAGCGACUGGGGAAAGCUCAGCAACUAGACGAAGCCAUCGGAGAUGCAAAGGUCGUCCGCCAAACCCCAGAACGAGCUCUCGAAGGCUGCCACGCAUUGCUGCAGAUCUACCAGGAAGAACAGAUCCAUGAUCUUCGCCUACCGCGACUGUACUACGAUGCGUUCCAGAUCUGCGCAAUGCAUGGAGAUCGGGCUCGGGCUGCGGUCUUCGCACGACGAGCUCGGGAGACGAGAAUCAUUUGUGAGGGUGUCGAAAGCACGGAAGCUGAGCGGCUGGAUGUUCUGGCGCAAGAUCCAACGAAAUAUGAAAAUGCUGGUGUGACAUCGAAAUGGAAGUCGAGGCUUAGCGAUGUUCCGGACGGGACUGGUGUUCUUGAGAGCUGGCUCUGGAGACAGAAAGUAUGA